AUGGAUUCAUUUAAAACGUUUAUGAACAUUUUUGAAAGGGCAAUAGCAGAAAGGAACAGCACAAAUUUGUUAGAAAUUUUAAGGAAUAGUAAAAGAUAUUUUCAAAAUAUAGCAAAAGAUGAUAGUGAACUGAUGUUAUCUAUAUUAUUUGAUAAAAACAAAGGCUUAUUCUCUUUUCUUAAUAAUGAACUUAACAGAUCAAACCCUCAAAAGGGUUUUGAUAUGGCAAUUAAAGAAGCAUUUCAUCUACUUGAGUUUAUCAUGGAACAAUUCUCUGAUAUAUUUGUGUUAUAUGUAGUUGAAGCAAAGAAUGUAUGCCAGCAGGCACUUGUAACCCGUUGUUCAUCAUUUAUUCAAAAAGCUGCAUCCAAUACUUUUAAUACAUUAAUACAAGUUUUUAAAGAAUUCGAGAUUGAAUUAGGUGAAACAGUAAAAAAAUUUAUUUCAUUGUUUCAUUUAGUUGAUAUUAAAGAAAGAAGUUUAUUGUUAUCUGUACUUGGGACAAUUAUAAAAUAUUUUCCAGAAAUUUUUAAAGUACAAGAAUAUUCUAUAAUUUUUCAGCAGUUAAGGAAUGAUUUCAAGAAACAGUAUAAUCCACAAACUAUGGCCCAUUCAAUUGAUACAUUUCAAGUAUAUUUAGAUGUUUUCUCAAAUAUAUUAGUAGAACUUCCAAAAGAAGUAGGAGAAAAACAUUAUGAGGAACUAUAUAAGUGGGUUAAAGAAUUAAGUCAUCCUGAAAAAUACUCAGUUAAAAAAGUUUCAAUGAGAUCAGCAAUUAAUUUGUUGUCUAAACAUAUGCAUCUGUUUUGUCAAUUUGUUUAUUGUGAUUAUAAGUACUGGUAUGAUUUAUUGAUAAAUCUUGCACAAAACAAAAAUGUACAAUGCAGUGAAUGUGGAAAACGUGCUUUAAGAAAUUUUUAUAACGAAAUUGGAAAUAUUUUAAAACAUAAAACUUCUGAGGAUGAUAAAGCAAUAUUCUUGUAUUUUAAGAACCUUUUUGAAGAACAAUUAAAAACCAAUCAUCAUGUAAAUUCAAGUAUGUUACGAUUUAUUAUAUAUGGAUUUAGUCAAAUGGCUGCACCAUGUAAAAGAUAUCUUACUAAUAGUGAUGUGAAAAAUAUGUUUUCAUUGAUAGCUAAUUGUGCUAUGCUACUCUGUUCAAAAGAUAGCUUAGAAACAAUACAUUUAGAAAGUAUCUGUGAUUAUCAAGAAGCUCUUUCAGAAGUAAUAUUGCAUACAUCAGGUCUUUCAAUUGAUCAAAUUAAUAUAAUUACAAAGCUUAGCAUUCUUUUAAUUAAAAGGUUUCCUGAUCUUCCUAUAACUAGUCAAAAUAUUGCAAUAUCGUCAUUAAUAAAUACAAUCGUUAACGUUGGAAUAAUCAGUAAAAAUCUUUUACAUGAAUUUCUUUAUAAUUUAAUUUAUAACGGCAUAAUGUGGACCUGUUCACAUACUUUGUUCAUCGAUGCUGAAUUACAACGGGAAUUGAAUAAUCUACCAGAGCAACCAAGAUGCUAUAAAAGUUAUUUGCCAUUAUGGUUACAAUUGCUAAAUGCAGACAGAUAUGGAUGUCAUAGACAAACUGCUCAAGAUGUAGUUGAUUCUACUAUAUAUGUGGGAAUCAUAUUAAUUGAUAAAUUAAAUUUGAGCACAAGAACAAAAGAGGAUAAUAUAUUCUCAGAUGCCUCCUUUUCUCAAAUUGCUGAAAAUGAAGCAGAUUUUCGAACAUUUGUUAAUAUCGUAGAUUUAUACGUUGACAUGAUCAACCACUUACAGUCUUCUUUAUUUAUAAAUACAAUGCACAAAUUUUUACUUAAAAUUAUCACCAUAUCUUACAAGCACCAUUUAAUAUCAGGCUUUUACAAAUUAGUACAUGCAACUUUUAGACAUAUUUGCGACUUGAAUAAUGAUGAAAUUGAAGCAGAAACAUUAGAAUUGUUAUAUAAGUAUUUAAUGAAUGCAUUGAAUUUGAUUCCUACAUUUUCUAAUGAAUUGUUAACAACAUGUUUAUACUUAAUUUUAAAUGUGCCAAUGAUAUAUGUAGAAAGAAUAUUGAACAGUACAAUUCCAAUAUUUAAAAUCGCUUUUACUAUUGGUAUUAGCGAUUUUGAAUUAGCUUGUACAGCUUUAAAUGCAUUGGAAAAAUGGUCAAAUCAUUUAAAUAAUCGACAUAUAACAGUGUUUUUGCAAGAAAUAGUGCCAUUUCUAGAACCAUAUUUACACAGUAGAGAAAGUUCUGUGGAAUUUCUACAAGACAUCAUAAAAACAGAAAGAAAAGAUAUUAAACGAAUAAUAUUAAGAGAUGAUGAAAAUACUUUAGAAAGAUUUCAAAUGAGAAUUUUGUUGUUUAUUGCUUCACUUGAUACCAGUAUAAUAAUAAAUUUCAUAUAUAAAAGAUCUAUGGACACAGGAGCAACUUGGGAUAAGAAAGAUUUGCUUAAAUACUCAUUGGUAUUCUCAGAUACAGAGCUAGAAAUCUAUUUUGAUAAAAUUUUACCAAGAAUAAUUUUAUUGGCUCAAAAUUCUGGGGAUAGACGGACGAAAAUAAUCGCUUGUGAAGUACUUCAUUUUAUUGUAGCGUUCGUUCUUGGCAAAACAUCGCAACAUUUAAUAUCGAAUCCAGAUCGAUUUAUUUCUGUCUAUGUAACGUUAUGUCCAGCUUUAUUGAAUUUAGGAUGUGAUCACGAUGAAGCAGCUAGAAAAAUUUUUCAACCAUUAAUGUUACAAUUAAUGCACUGGUUAAGCUCAAAGUUCAUGCUCAAGUCUUCAGUUGCUAUGCAUUUUCUCGAUUUGCUUUUUAAUGGUCUAUGCAAUGACUCUAAUCCAUGUCUUAGAGAAUUUUCUGGGAUGUGCUUAGCUGAAUUUACAAAAUGGUCCAUAAAACAAUCUAGUGAUGAAGCUAUAAAUCAGUCGAAUAUUUAUGAAGUUAUAUAUAAGAUGACGAAUUUUGCUGUUCAUCCUUCUGCCUCUAAACGGAUAGCGGGUGCAACAGCUUUCAAUCACCUUUAUACUAUCUUACGCGAAGAUGAGAAAAUUAUAUCUAUAUACUGGUUGGAAAUUUUAUACAGUUUUGUCAGAAGUUUAAAUGGUUGUAGUGAUCCAUCAAUUAUUACUGCUCUUGAUCAUGUUGAAAGGGUUCUAAUAGCAAAGAAACAUGUGUUAAAUGUUAAACAACACAGUCGUAGGAAACCUUAUGAAUUUGAAAGCUCCACUUUAACUGAUGCUGUGAACUGGUUGCUCACACAGUGUGGUUGCUUGGAUCAAUGUUGUCGAACAAAAUGCAUGAAACUAGUUGUAAAACUUUCUGAACAUCUAGCAGACUGUAAUUCAAUUAAAAUAGUGAUAAAUAACUAUAUUGAAACUCAGGGAAUUGAAGCAUUAAACCAUAUUAUUUUAAGCGAAUUACCAAAGAUAGAAAAUUUAUCUGUUAAUCACAUAUUACCUUUUUUAAGAAGUUUGGAUUGUUAUAUUUGGUUGAUAAAAGACAAUCUAUUGAAUGUAGAAUAUUUAUUUGGUAAUUCAAAUUCACAAAGGGAAGUAAUUUUUAACUGUGCUAGAAAUUUCAUUCAUGUGAUAAACAGAAUUAAAAUAGAAAAUAAGGAAGGUGAUCUGGUAAUAUUAUCAAAAGAAUUUGAAGAUUUACAAACAUUACAAUGUAAAACAAUUUUAACUGUAUUUGAUUUUAUACAAAUUCUAUUAAAUUUUGAUGAUAAUUUCAUCCCAGAUUUCUUUUUCAAUCAAGAUUUCUUUGAAUUAAUUGCAAAAUGUAUAAUGUGCCCUCAAGUAUUAGGAUUUGAUGUAAAAAAUCUUGAAAUUACUGAAAUACUUCCUACAGUUAUGGAAAAUAUAUUACAAUCAAUAAUGAGUAAAAAUGAUAACUCUUUACCAGAUAUGGUUAAGUGUGAAUUAUCAAUAUAUGUGCAAAAACAUAUAAAUGAUUUUAUUGAGUUAGAUAAAAUUAUUUCCGGUACAAAUAGUUGCAGUGAACUUAAACAAUAUGUUCAAGGUUUAAGUUUUUUGAAACAUCAUAAUGUCCUUAAUCAGUUACAAACAUGUUUAGGUAUAAAUGAAUUAAUCUAUCAACCAGAGGAUAAAGUUAAACGUAUAUUCAAGGGUUUGGUAAAAGAACUUGGAGAACUUAUUCGUAUAAAUAUAAAACCAUCAGUGAAGGAGUAUCUGGAAAUCUUAAUGGAAUUUUUACUUAUGCAUUACGAGUUUUCAAUGACAAAAACGCUAAUUGAAUUAAUUGAAAAUAAUACAAUGCUUGGACCAGAUUCAAAAAAGAUUGAACAUGGUAUACAUUUUCUGAAUACAUUCAAAUGUGAAAUAUUUAAAUAUAUGUUAAAAGAUACAGAGAAAACUAUAAAAAUACUUAAUGAUAUAUUGCAAAAGAAUUCCUCACUUUUCUUCAUGAUCAUAGAGCAAUUAUUUUUGUUCGUGCAGCGGCAUAAAAAAGAAUUCUAUAAUAGUAUAGAAAUAUUAGUGGACACUGUCGUUAAAAAAUUUACAACAUUUGAAAAUGCCAUAAAUAAUGUUGAAGAUAGAAAGCAAAAAUUAAUAAACAUUUUCGGAAUUGCAGUUCAUCUAAAACAUAAACCAAUAGAGUUAUUAUCUAUAAAUAAAGAUUUUUAUAUAUGGAUUCUCAAUCAGUUAAUGGAGAAUUCAGAUAUAGAAUACAAGAUUCAUAUUCUUCAGAAUUUUCUCAUAUGUUUAACUGAUAUGACAUCGGAUACAAAACCAGAAUUACUUGCCAUUUUACGUAGUUUGAAGAAUAAUAGACUUGAUGUGUGUCCAAAUGAUUUUUCCCAAAAAAAUGUGAAAGCUUUAAAAAUUACUAAUUGUUUUCAAAAAUUAAUAGCAUUGUUACCAGUCACUAAAUCAGUGAUAGUAUUUGAAUCUGUUAUUUCAUUUGCGGUUGGCAUUGCCGAAUAUUUGUGUAACGAAAAGACUAACGAAUAUUUACUAAAGUACUUUACUUCAAUUACUACUGACUAUACUGUGAAAUCUAUGCAAUCAGUAUACAGAUUAUUUAUGAACUUAAAUACACAGACAAAUGAAAGGUUUGAUGUAUUAUAUAAAUUUCUUUUGCCAUCAUUUGAAUUUUGCAAAACUGUCGAAAUACAUCGAUUCUUUGAAGAAAAUAUUAAAGAAAUACAUUCAGUUAUUUGUCAAAGCUUGGUUGGAAGUAGCUCUGACAUAAAGCAACUUAUAAUAUCAAAAAUAGGAUGUUAUAAUCUUAUUGCAAUUAUGUUCGCAAAACUUGAUAUAAGAGAUAUAGACGAUUCUAGGAGUGUGAUUACUCGAAAUGCUGUUGACAAUGUGAUUACUGGAAAGGAACUUUUGCAGAGUUUAUAUAGUAAUGCAUUAAAUAUACGUAUGUUAAAGACACCUGAACCUGUACUUAAAGAAACAACAAGAUUGUUGCAUUGUUCUGCAUACAAUUGUUCCAUAGCUAUUGUAUCUAAUUUAAAAAGGGAUGAAGAUUCUUAUGUUAGCAUUUUUGCUGAGAACAGGAAGAAAGAACAAUUAAUUUGGGAGAAUAUUAUAGACUGUCAAAAGCAAUAUAAUUUUCAACAAACAGUUGCUGAGUAUCCGAAGCAUCGUAAAAAGUUAAUUAAUAUACGAAAGACCUUGAAACAAAAACAAGCUUCUAAUCAUUACUCAUAUAUUUAUAGUUACGAUUUAUCUACCUGUACUUUGACUGAAGAUAUAAACGCUUAUGAUUUUAAUGAAACCAUUGUACAUAAUAAAUGUGAUAAUGCUACUCAAAAUGAAAGUAUGAGUUUGAUAUUUGAGGAUGAUGAAUUAAAUAAUCAUGAAUGUAUGGCUUCUAUUUGUGGAGUUUUGAAUCACUUAAUAACAGAAGAAAUAUCUGUGAUGCCUACUGAUAAUAAUAUUACAAUUCCAAAGUGGCUAAAAUGCUUCCUUAGUUCAAUUACAACAACAAAUUAUGAUAAUGUUAGAUUAUUUAUGUUAAAAGUUAUCUUGAAUAUGCAGGCUGUAUUUCAGCCAUAUGCAAAAUUUUGUCUUCAGCCUAUAAUGCAUACAACAUAUUUAUAUUUAAAAAGAAACCAGUUGAAUUAUAUCAUUGUUGAUGUUAUAGAACUGUUAAUAAAUUGGCAAACCUCAGUUUUUCAAAACUCAAAUGAAUCUACAUGUGAUAAAAAUCAGAAUGCAAUUCAAAAAUUAUGGGAGAUAGUUAUUCAAAAAACAAUAACGAAAACAAAUGAAAUUUCCAAAGCAAUUUAUAAAUACAAUAUGAAUGUAGUAAGAACAAUACUUGAAGUAUGGCAUGAUUAUUUAAAGUUACCUUCAAAUUUAGAUGAGACAAUGAGAACUGCAGCUGCAGCUGCAGUAUAUUUAAUAUUAAUUUGUUUUGUUAAUGGUAUGGAAAAAGAUAUUAUUGAAAGAAAUGAUAUCUUAGUAUUCUUAGAAAAGUCUCUAGAAAAUUGGCAAGAUGAUGAAGAAACAGUAUUACAAUGUUGUGAAUGUUAUAGUUUUAUUUUGAAAUUUUUUGGUAUUGAUGAAACAUUAUCAAAUAAAAAGAGCAUUUUAAUUGAUAAAAUUCGAAGUAUAUUAAGGCAGAUGCAAAGGAAGUUCGAAAAUAGACAGAUGAAGUGUAUUCGUGCACUGUGUAAAAAUUAUCCAGCUGCAGCAAUAACUUAUUUCGAAUUUGCUACUGCAAAUAUAUUUAGAGUGGAUGCUCAAGGCAAGUCGAAUUGUUUAGAGAUAUUUCUACUGUCUAUACCAAAUCUUAGCACUGAUCAAAUAUUGGAAGAACUAAAUCACAUGAAAUUUUAUGAUUUAUUAAAAAAUAAAAUUUUACCUUGUGAGAAAGUAGCUUUAAAAAUCAUUGAUUCAUUAGUCUUUAUUUUAUCUCCUUCAAAUGUUUUAUCACUUAUAACUUUAGUACAACCUUAUACAAAGCAUGAACUUUCUGAGUACAGAGAAAUCACUUAUAGAAUAUUUAUAAAUAUUUAUAAAAAAUAUAUGGCAGAUAAUUCUGAAGAUAAUGAAAUAAAACAGUUGAUGUACAUUAGCAAAGAAAUAUUAGUUAAUGGUGUAUUGGAUCCUACUAUAACAUUACAAGAAAUGAUAUUAAACUUUUGGACACAAGAUGCACAAUUAGCAAAUACUUGCAAAGAAAGAUUACUUGAAGUUUUAAAUAUUUUCACUCCCAGUAUUGGCCAGAAUUUCUUGCCAUUCACAUUUUUACUAAUUUUAGACCUCAGCAAAAAAUCAAGAAAUUAUACACAAAAGUUGUUUGAACCUUUACAUGACUGCAGUUAUAGAGACUACAAUAUAGCUCUUUCAUGGAGAACAAAAAAUUUGGGAUCAAAAGCUCCACUUUUUGCUCCAUCCUUAACUAGUCAAAUGAAUCAAAUGUUUACCCAAAUGAAUACUAUAUCUCCAUAUAUUUCUUCCAACUUUACCAGAUCGGUGUACGAUUCUAAUGCGGAAAUAAAGCUUCGAGUAACUCAGGAGCUAGAAUUUGAGCCAACUUACGGUAAAGAAACAUUUAUUGGAACAUCUAAUAAUCUAGAGCAACAUAAUAUAUUUAAGAUACCAAAAGUACCGCAACCUGCCUAUAAUAAAAGGUCGAAACGAUUUUUAAGCAGUGCGAGUGAUAUUUCUGCAGCUAUACGACAAAAAGAAAUUAAGAAAAAUAUACAGCACGCAGAAAUGAUAAAGGAAGAAGUUGUUAGACAAAGAAGUAGUGUAAAGUUAUUCAGGAAAUAUAGAAUUGGUGAUUUUCCAGACAUUGAAAUAUCGCACGCGACGUUGAUCGAACCAUUACAACAAUUAGCAAAGAAUGAUCAAAUAAUCUGUAAAGAUUUAAUAGUUUCUAUUAUUUGUUCAUUAAUUGGAGAUUCCAGACAAAGUUUUAUAGAGCAACUUACAAACAAUUUGAAACGCAUCAUAGAGAACGAGCAGUAUAAUACUUCUACUGUAACUGCAAUUUUAGAGAUAUCAUUGAAUACAAAUAUAAGAAAUUGUUCGCCGGAAACCAUUGUGAAGAUCUCGAGGUCGAAUGGUUUACACUUUCUUGGAUCACUUGUUUUGGAAGAAAAUAUAAUUAAUGAGACAAAUAUUUCUAUACCUUCUAAAAAAAAGAUACGAAGCGAAAUUAUAGAUAAUUCAUCUUGUAAAUGGUUGCAGUUAACGAAUCUUUAUAAAACUAUGAAUGAUAUUGAUGUAGUUCUUAGUAUUUUUCAAAAUCAUAUUACAAAUGAAGAUAUAAAGAUUGCAUCAUUUGCGCAAGCAUCUAGCAAUUGGGAAAAAGCGAAAAUAGCAUAUGAGAUGGCAUGUGAAAUGGAAUCUGAGUUAGUGAAAGAACAUUGUUUUCAAGGCUUAUUUGAAUGUUUAAGUAAUCUAUGCUGUUGGGGUGAAAUCAAUACACACAUAAAAAAUAAACUUUAUAAAAAUUUAGAUAAUAUCUGGAAUGAUCCAUGGAAAGAUUGGUUGUUUCCUUGGGUUUUUGAAGUGCACGUCCGUAAACUGAUAAACGAAGACAUUAGCGACGAAUUUAGCAAUGACGUGAAAGUUAUGGAAUCUUGGUUGGAAGACAAUGCAAAAAUAAAAUAUGUCAAACGAUUCUUUGGAGAGGAAUUGUCGAUGUUUUUUUUGCAUAAUCAUCUAGAAGUUGCCCGUGAAUUCUUGUUAAAUUCUUUAGAUGAGAUGAGGGAACAAUGGAUCAAGCUACAUCCUCUUUCCAUGCAAUUAAGAAUUUUCAAGCUUCAAAAGUUACGGACCAUUAACGAUAUAAAUUUAUUUAUAAAAAUUUUGAAAUCGGUACAAUUACCGCUUAGCUUAGACGAAACUUUAAAGAUCUGGAAUAAUAACAUACCUUCAACACAAGAUGCUAUACUUCCAUGGGAUAAAUUAAUAUCCUAUAGAAUAUAUUUCAUUGAUUCAUUACUUAGUGACAAAUUAGAGCAAUGGAAUCAGAAUUUAUCGCAAAACGAUUCAGGAAAUAAUUAUGAUGAAGAAACUAGCAUCAUUCAUAGAUUGCACAUAAUUACCUGUAAUAUGAAGUUGAAAAUGAUCGAGGCUUCACUGAAUCAAAAGAAUAAAUACAUAGCAAAAAAAUAUUUGCGACAACUAGAACAAACGAUAGAAAAUUAUUCCACAGACCUGCAAAACGAAUUCAUGUUUCUUUGUGGAAAGACAAAAUACCUUAUCGGAGAAAUUGAAACAGAUGUGAAGAAAAAAAUAUCAAACUAUAUUUCUUCUUGGAAUUAUUGUCAUAAUCUUUUACAGAAAGAUAGUCUUAAUGAUACUAUAAAUAUUGAUAUUCGAAAAGAAAUCAGUAAGGUCGCAUUAAAGAUCGUAAGUUUGAGUGAAGAAGAUGAAAUAUUUGCAGAGUUAUUAAGAAAAAACAGUAUGAAUCUAAAUGAACUAAACCUUGAAAAUAAUGAUUUGUCUAUUAUUAGAGAUACACUGGAAAAUUAUAGUUUCAAUAAUUUGAAAGCAUGUUGUGAUAUAACAACUAUGAACAUUGGAGAAUGCUAUUUCAAUCUUGCAAUGUACUGCUAUAACCGAUUGACACAUGGUGCAAUCGAAGCUUUUAUAAGUAGAGAAUUUAUUCAUUCUAUAUUAAAGGCAAUGAGUUACGGAUAUCUCGAGGCAGCUCAUUAUUUUCCUUGCUUGCUAAAACCUGAAUAUUUCAAUGAUCAAGACACAAAGGAUAUGUUUAUGAAAGAAAAUGAAAGUGUUGAGACUUGGCUGUUUCUCUCUUGGCAAGCUCAAUUAUUCUCUCAUUUAGGAACAUCGAUCGCUCCUUUAAUUAUACCCAUUUUGAAACGAAUUGUUGAUAUGUAUCCUAAUGCAGUUAUUUAUACAUUUCGCUUGACAGUGGAAACAAAUCCAGCUCUUCUGAAUGAAACCAGUACUUACGAUAUUCGACAAAUUUUAUACAACAAACCAGAAAUCGAUCGAUUUCUGAUAGCUAUGACUUAUGUAGUCCAACCAGAGUUAUAUUUACAACACUAUUUAACUGAAUUUCGAAAAAAUUUAUCUCUUGGAACAACUACGGCAGUGGAUAUACUUCUGAAGAAAGUAUAUCCAAAUGCAUUAGAAAACAAGUAUGAUCCAAAACCAGGAAAUAUUUUUAAUGAGAUUGUAGUAUAUAAGGAUAAAAUUAAAAAAUUGGAAAACAAACGGAUUGACGAAAUUAAACUUCGGGUUGACGAGAUUAUUAAAAGUAUUAAAGAAUCACUUGAAAAGCGUAAAAAUAGGUCCAAAUUACAAUACUAUAGUCCAUGGUUGUGCAACUUUCCUGAAAGAGACAUAGAGAUACCUGGUCAAUACACUGGCAAAAGAAAGCCUAUGCCUCAAUACCAUGCAAAAAUUUUAAAGUUUGAACCUGAUGUAAAAGUAAUGCAAUCAUUGCGCAAACCUAUACGGAUUACUAUGAUUGGAAAUGAUGCAAAGGAUUAUCAUUUCUUGGUAAAAUUUGGAGAAGAUCUUCGACAAGACCAAAGAUUGCAACAGUUGUUCACUGUCAUGAACAAAAUAUUACAUAUUGAUAUAGCUUGUAGACAAAGACAAUUAUCUAUUAAUACUUACCAGGUAAUUCCUUUGUCCAAAACUGUGGGUCUUAUACAAUGGAUAGAUAAUACAAGAUCUUUAAAAGAGUUAAUACAUUUUACGCUAUCAAACCAAGAGAUAAAGCAGUAUAAUUCUAUAUCUAAAAUUUAUAACGAAUGGAUUAAAAAUGCCGCACGUUCUAAAAAUGUGUAUGAAGCGUACAAGGAAGCAACGUUAAAAUACAAUGCUUCAAAAGUGCUCACUAAAAUGAAUGAAUUUAUUGGCAAAACCAAAUGGGAUAGUUUACGUAAAACACUGACCGUAUUAUGUCCAACCAUAGAAAGUUUUUUUAUGAUGCGUCGAAAUUUUAUUACUUCAUAUGGUACCAUGUGUAUUGCACAUUGGAUCUUAGGUAUUGGAGAUCGGCAUUUGCAAAAUACUCUUAUCAUUGUCGAUUCAGGAUGUUGUUUAGGUAUCGAUUUUGGAUUGGCCUUUGAUGCGGGUGUCGAUCAAAGGAUACCAGAAUUGAUGCCUUUUCGCUUAACAUCCCAGAUUUUGGACUUAUUGAAGCCUUUUACCGAAAAAGAUCUUUUAGGGACGACAAUGAUUUAUGCGUUACGAGCAAUGAAAAAUGAACAGGGACUUAUUCUGUCUUGUAUGGAUGUUUUUGUUCAUGAACCAUUAAAUUGGACUGAACAUGUUAACAAGGCAUUCAGAGAAAAUGAAGAUGAUAUUACAGAUAUCAAAUGGAUGCCUUUAAAAAAAAUUGAAGCAAUUACAAAAAAAUUGAAUGGAAUUAAACCAUCUUUAAUUACAUUAGAUCAAUUAAAGGAACAACACCAUGAUAAAUAUUUCGAUAGGUAUUAUAUUAUAGUUAAUGGAGACGAUGACAUCAAACGAACACGAGCAAAAAUGAAAAAUAAUUAUUUAACUCCUGAGGAACAGGUUGAAUGCUUAUUGGAUCAAGCAACAGAUUUAAAUAUUUUAGGUCGUACGUUUGUAGGAUGGGAGCCAUGGCUUUAA